AUGGGAGCGAAUAAGAGCGCUGUACUACCAGCAGAUCAAGCCGAGGAGAUUUGCCACGAAACAGGCUUCACCCCGCGACAACUUCAACGAUUGUACGUUCGUUUUCAAGAACUUGAAAAACGAACUCCACCAACUGGAUUCCUUACUCGCGAAGAUUUAUUAGAAAUUCGUGAAGUUUCAAUGAAUCCUCUAGGUGAACGUCUUGCUGAUAUCAUCAUUCAAGAUCAUGGAAUAAAUAAUCGUAUUGAUUUUCGACAAUUCGCCAAUGUCCUUGCUCGAUUUCGACGUGGCAAGAUAAUCACCAACUUGAAUACCAAAGAUAAGAAGUUAUUAUUUCUGUUCAGUAUGUACGAUCGUAACCAUGAUUCGAAAAUCGAUCGAAAUGAACUAACAGAAAUCUUAAAACUUAUGGUUGGUGGAAAUAUUCACGACGAACAGAUUGCCACGAUUGCAGAUCAUACGAUAGAAGAAUUGGAUGCUGAUGGUGAUUUGACGAUAACAUUUGAAGAAUUUUGCGAAACUCUCUCGAAUAUCGAUGUGGACGAAAAAAUGUCCAUGAAAUUUUUAAAUUAA